GCACGGGGUUAUAACGACCACGAGCCACAAAUCAAGCCCUCCAAAAUAACCCAAAUGAGCUCUUACUUUGUAAACUCGUUCUCAGGGCGCUACCCAAAUGGCCCCGACUAUCAGUUACUAAAUUAUGGGACCGGCAGUUCCAUGAACGGUUCUUACAGAGAUUCAAGCACCAUGCAUUCCAGCUCUUAUGGCUACAACUACAAUGGGAUGGACCUUAGCAUCAACCGCUCAGCCUCCUCCAGUCACUUUGGGGCUGUGGGCGAGAGCUCCCGCGGUUUCCCUUCUCCAGCUCAGGAGAGCAGGUUUAGACAGGCGUCCAGCUGCUCCUUAUCUUCUCCCGACUCCCUGCCCUGCUCCAACAGCGAGAGCCACGGAGGCAAACCCGCCCCGUCCCCCUCCGACCAGGCUCCUUCUGCCAGCACCACCAACACAAAUUUCACAGAACUAGACGAGACCAGCGCGUCCUCGGGAGCCGACGAGGGCACUCCAAUAAGCAGCAGCAUCCCCCGAGCGCAGGCAGAGCCCAUCGCGACCUCCACGGCAGCGACAGAAGGGCAGGCACCUCAGAUAUUCCCUUGGAUGAGGAAACUUCACAUUAGCCAUGACAUGACUGGACCAGACGGGAAGAGGGCGAGGACAGCGUACACUCGCUACCAGACCCUGGAGUUGGAAAAGGAAUUCCACUUCAAUAGAUAUCUCACCCGCAGGAGGAGGAUAGAGAUCGCUCACGCGCUCUGCCUCUCCGAGCGCCAGAUCAAAAUCUGGUUCCAGAACCGGCGCAUGAAGUGGAAGAAGGAUAAUAAACUGAAAAGCAUGAGCUUGGCCUCGGCGGGCAGCGCCUUUCAGCCCUGAAAGCCCCCAGGAGGGAAAAAAAAAUAAUAAUAAUAAAAGGAGAAGAAGAUGAUGAUGAAGAAGAAGAAGAGACGGGCGAAAGGAAAAAACAAUUAAAUAAAAGCAACAAGCAAAAAAAAAAAAAUCACAAAACAAAACCACAACACACACACACACACACACACACACACAGAGAGUGAAUAAUAAAGGAAAUAAAUAAAUGGCCGCAGAUCUUUAGUUUCGGAGUACUGUACAGUGAGGCACCUUCUGUUCGGCAUGUGGUUGAUUUAUCCCAAAAACCAGCUCCUGUUGGUACCGCUGUCCCGGGACUGAGCUCGUGUCGUGUUCUCUUUUGGAGGUUUUUUUUUUUGUAGUUGUUGUUGUUGUUUGUUUGUUUGUUCGGUUGGUUUAAAAAAAAAAAUUAAAUUUUAUUUCCAGAUGCUCCUCCUGCUCUCGUUGUUCUUCUAAAUGUCAGUGUCCGUGCUCUCUUGAUGCUUUCUGGAAAGCUAGCAUGUGUUCUGUGAGCCCUUUGAAUGUUAUAACUUAUUUAUAAAUCGGCAGCAGAUACGGUUGUUUGUUUAUCUGUUGGGAUUUUUUUUUUUUUUUAAUCUUUUCCCCUCCCCCCCUUUUAUUUUUCCUGAGUUUUCUGCUCUUGGGUGAGUUCUUCUCUGCCCAAGCGAAAAUCGGGGGUUCCUGCACUGCAGUCGCAGGGGAAAAAAAAAAAAUCUUUAAAAACCCAAGCGAAAAUGUAAAAAAGUGGGGGGGAAAAAAAGAAAAAAAAAAGGAAAAAUAAGAAAAAAAUAUUAAAAAAGCAGCUCUUGUAUCCUUCUGUCUUAAAAUUGUCCAGUCUGUGUUUUAGUCCAAACUCCAGGCCGGGAUUUCUAACCCCAGCCUAAUUCCGAGGCGUACUCUUAGACGUGGGUGAACUUCAUUAUUAAAUAAUAAUAAUAAUAAUAAUAAAUAAUAAUAAAAAAUAAAGGGUAAAAAAUAAAAUGUAUAAAAGAGGAGACCGAGGCUGGAGUGCUCUGAUGUUUGUAAAUAUUUAGAAAUAUUUCUGCCGUGAGUAAUAGCCGGGUCGUAGUGGGCAGAGUGAAUGCGGUGUUCUGUGUAAAAAUGGCAUCUGUCAUGUCUAGCAGCCUGGUAGUUCCUUGCCAAGAAGCUUUUUGUAAUUGUUUGUAGCUUUACUCGAAGUCAAAUAAACGUUU